CCUCCCCUCCAGUCUUGCACAGGUGUACUGGCUCCUCCCCUCCAGUCUUGCACAGGUGUUGGCUCCUCCCCUCCAGUCUUGCACAGGUGUACCGGCUCCUCCCCUUCAGUCUUGCACAGGUGUACCGGCUCCUCCCCUUCAGUCUUGCACAGGUGUACCGGCUCCUCCCCUUCAGUCUUGCACAGGUGUACCGGCUCCUCCCCUUCAGUCUUGCACAGGUGUACCGGCUCCUCCCCUUCAGUCUUGCACAGGUGUACCGGCUCCUCCCCUUCAGUCUUGCACAGGUGUACCGGCUCCUCCCCUUCAGUCUUGCACAGGUGUAUCGGCUCCUCCCCUCCAGUCUUGCACAGGUGUAUCGGCUCCUCCCCUUCAGUCUUUCACAGGUGUAUCGGCUCCUCCCCUUCAGUCUUGCACAGGUGUACCGGCUCCUCCCCUCCAGUCUUGCGCAGGUGUAUCGGCUCCUCCCCUUCAGUCUUGCACAGGUGUAUCGGCUCCUCCCCUUCAGUCUUGCGCAGGUGUACCGGCCCCUCCCCUUCAGUCUUGCACAGGUGUACCGGCUCCUCCCCUUCAGUCUUGCGCAGGUGUACCGGCUCCUCCCCUUCAGUCUUGCGCAGGUGUACCGGCUCCUCC